AGAGAGCAUCCUGGGGGCCGGAAGGAGGUGGAAACUCCUGCAUCCUACUGGAGUGCCCGCAGACGCGCAUGGUAAGAGAGCGCGUAGCUGUUAUAGAGGCUUGUUGCUGGAGCGCGUGGCUCGUGCGCGGAAGUCAGAGGUGACCGAAAGCCAGACGUCGCUGUAGAAGGUGACACUGCGAGCUAUGGUGGGGCGAUCCCGGCGGCGCGGAGCGGCCAAGUGGGCAGCUGUGCGAGCUAAGGCAGGUCGCGACCCAGCGGACGAAAAUGAUGACAAUUUGGAAUCUCCUCCCUCACCAGCGGACUCCAGCUACUACCAAGAUAAGGUAGAUGAUUUCCAUGAGGCCCGAUCUCGGGCUGCCUUGGCUAAGGGGUGGAGCGAAGUGGAGAGUGGGGCCGAGGAGGAGGAUGGCGAUGAGGAGGAGGUUCUUGCCCUAGAUAUCGCCGAUGAGGACGAUGAAGAUGAAGAGAGUGCGGGGAAUGAGGAGGAUGACGAUGAUGAUGGUGGGAGCUCCAUGCAGAGUGAGGCUGAGGCCUCGGUGGAUCCCAGUUUGUCGUGGGGUCAGAGGAAAAAACUUUACUACGACACGGACUAUGGUUCCAAGUCCCGAGGCCGGCAGAGUCAACAAGAAGUAGAGGAAGAGGAAAGAGAGGAGGAAGAGGAGGCACAGCUCAUUCAGCGGCGUUUAGCCCAAGCUCUGCAAGAGGACGAUUUUGGAGUUACCUGGGUGGAGGCCUUUGCAAAACCAGUACCUCGGGUAAAUGAGGUUGAGACACGGGUCGUGAAGGAUUUGGCGAAAGUUUCAGUGAGAGAGAAGCUGAAGAUGCUGCGAAAGGAAUCGCCAGAGCUCUUGGAGCUGAUAGAUGACCUGAAAGUUAAGUUGACAGAGGUGAAGGAUGAGCUGGAGCCAUUGCUACAGUUGGUGGAGCAAAAGAUCAUUCCACCUGGAAAAGGAAGCCAAUACCUGAGGACCAAAUACAACCUCUAUUUGAACUACUGCUCCAACAUCAGUUUUUAUCUGAUCCUGAAAGCUAGGAGAGUCCCUGCACAUGGACAUCCUGUCAUAGAAAGGCUUGUUACCUACCGAAAUUUGAUCAACAAGCUGUCAUUUGUGGAUCAGAAGCUGUCCUCUGAGAUUCGUCAUCUGCUCACACUUAAAGAUGAUGUUGGAAAGGCAGAACUGAAUCUAAAAGCAAAAUCCACAAAGGCCAAGCCAAAAUCUGUUUCUGCUGUUGCUGCCUCUGCUGUUACAGACCUUUCUGAUGAUUCUGAUUUUGAUGAAGCUGCACUGAAAUACUAUAAAGAAAUAGAAGACGGACAAAAAUUGAAGAGAAAGAAAGAAGAUAGUACUGAAGAACAGGCUCUUGAAGUUCAAAAUGCAAAGAGAGCCAUUACUUAUCAGAUUGCUAAAAAUAGGGGGCUUACACCUAGGAGAAAGAAGAUUGAUCGGAAUCCCAGAGUGAAACACCGGGAGAAGUUCAGAAGAGCCAAAAUUCGCAGAAGAGGCCAGGUUCGUGAAGUUCGUAGAGAAGAGCAACGUUAUAGUGGUGAACUAUCUGGCAUUCGUGCAGGGGUUAAAAAGAGCAUUAAGCUUAAAUAAAGUUUUUGCUUAGCUUAAGUUUUUUGGCAAUAAUUUUGGAUCAAUAAAUUUUUAUUUUUAACUGGUGA